UUUUAAUGAGAGUGGGCGUAUGUAAAUUGCAGGAAUCAGAGUUUACACAAGUGGGACAAACACGUUGCCCAGCCACACGGCUCCCACGGCCCAGGUGUGAAGAAGCUUGGGGUAGGGAGAUAGAUUCUUUACCGUAUGGGAUCUCGCCUACUUUCUCCUAGUGAGACCUCUGGAUUUACCGUCUUCGCUAACAAGUCAGCACUGGUUUGUGUAUUUCUCUUCUCCACCCCCCCCAAAAGAACUUUCAUCCACGGGAGGGGGAAAGAGGUCGGGGACCGUGAUAGCUAAAGAUAAGGAGGAAAUUAUCCACAAAGGGAAGGGGAUGAGGUGGGUAGGAAAGCAUUAAGGUCAGUACUGAAGCUUCGAGACUUUGGGGACGCUCGCGUUCUCCCUCCUCCAGCUCUCUGAAACCACCCUUUACGCCACGGACACGGGAGAGUUAAGCCAAUAAACACGUAAGCACCGCUCCCUCCCCAAUCGGCAAGAUGCCUCUCCGGCUCUGGGCUGCAUCGACAGCUUGCAACACUCGGCAUCUUUUCUGGAGGCACCUCCUUCAGCGGUUGCAGAUGGCACCCGGCUGCGGGCUCCGAGCUUGCAAUUGACUCUCCCCCUUGCCCACCUCGGGUCCACGGACGCACCUCUCUCUUCCCCUCCUCCCCUCUCGCUUCUGGGUCUGAGCCCAGCUUCGGAUCGCCGGGUGCAGAAAACAGUCUCGGCGGCCCAGGCUGAGCUGUAGGGCGCUCGCUCCCGGAUUUAACGGAGAAGCGCCCUCCCGGAGAGCCGACCCCCAGCUGCCUCCAGCGCCGCCCAUAUUUUGUAGCCCAAGCCGGGGGCUCCAGAGACUCCCCUCCUCGGGCGCCACCAUGCUGGACCCUUCGUCCAGCGAAGAGGAAUCGGAUGAGAUCGUGGAGGAGGAGAGCGGCAAGGAGGUGCUCGGCUCAGCCGCGUCCGGCGCACGACUGUCCCCCAGCCGCACCAGCGAGGGUUCGGGCGGCGGUGCGGGGCUGGGGGGCGGCGGCGGAUCCGGCGCUGGGGCCGGAGUGGGUGCUGGCGGCGGCGGGGGCAGCGGCGCAAGCAGCGGCGGCGGGGCCGGGGGGCUGCAGCCCAGCAGCCGCGCCGGGGGCGGCCGGCCCUCCAGCCCCAGCCCGUCAGUGGUGAGCGAGAAGGAGAAGGAGGAAUUGGAGCGGCUGCAGAAAGAGGAGGAGGAGAGGAAGAAGAGGCUGCAGCUUUAUGUGUUCGUGAUGCGCUGCAUCGCCUACCCCUUCAACGCCAAGCAGCCCACCGACAUGGCUCGCCGGCAGCAGAAGAUCAGCAAACAGCAGCUGCAGACAGUCAAGGACAGGUUUCAGGCUUUCCUCAAUGGGGAAACCCAGAUUGUGGCUGACGAAGCCUUCAUGAACGCUGUCCAGAGUUACUACGAGGUGUUCCUGAAGAGUGACCGCGUGGCCCGCAUGGUGCAGAGUGGGGGCUGCUCCGCCAAUGACUCGCGGGAGGUCUUCAAGAAGCACAUUGAGAAAAGGGUGCGCAGCUUGCCUGAGAUCGAUGGUCUCAGCAAGGAGACAGUGCUGAGCUCCUGGAUGGCCAAGUUUGAUGCCAUCUACCGUGGAGAAGAGGACCCCAGGAAGCAGCAGGCCCGGAUGACAGCCAGCGCAGCUUCUGAGCUGAUUCUGAGCAAAGAGCAACUCUAUGAGAUGUUCCAGAACAUUCUUGGGAUCAAGAAGUUUGAGCAUCAGCUCUUGUACAAUGCCUGCCAGCUGGACAAUCCAGACGAGCAGGCAGCACAGAUCCGACGGGAGCUGGAUGGACGACUCCAAAUGGCAGACCAAAUAGCCAGGGAACGAAAAUUUCCCAAGUUUGUAUCCAAAGAAAUGGAAAACAUGUACAUCGAAGAGCUGAAGUCAUCCGUCAACCUGCUCAUGGCCAACUUGGAGAGCAUGCCAGUGUCCAAAGGUGGUGAAUUCAAGCUUCAGAAACUCAAACGCAGCCACAAUGCUUCCAUCAUCGACAUGGGCGAAGAGAGUGAGAACCAACUCUCCAAGUCAGAUGUUGUGCUGGUUUUCUCCUUGGAGGUGGUGAUCAUGGAAGUCCAAGGCCUCAAAUCCUUGGCUCCCAAUCGCAUUGUGUACUGCACGAUGGAGGUGGAAGGGGGAGAAAAACUACAGACAGACCAGGCUGAGGCCUCUAAACCCACCUGGGGCACCCAGGGUGACUUCUCUACAACCCAUGCACUGCCUGCUGUGAAGGUGAAGCUGUUCACAGAGAGCACAGGCGUUCUGGCCUUGGAGGACAAGGAACUUGGACGGGUUAUUCUCCAUCCCACCCCAAACAGCCCCAAACAGUCAGAGUGGCACAAAAUGGCAGUCUCCAAAAACUGCCCCGAUCAAGACCUCAAAAUCAAACUUGCUGUCCGAAUGGAUAAACCUCAAAACAUGAAGCACUCUGGGUAUUUAUGGGCCAUUGGUAAGAAUGUCUGGAAAAGAUGGAAGAAAAGGUUUUUUGUAUUGGUGCAGGUCAGUCAGUACACCUUUGCCAUGUGCAGUUAUCGGGAGAAAAAAGCAGAGCCUCAGGAACUUCUACAACUGGAUGGCUACACUGUGGACUACACCGACCCCCAGCCAGGUUUGGAGGGUGGCCGAGCCUUCUUCAAUGCAGUCAAAGAAGGAGAUACUGUAAUAUUUGCAAGUGAUGAUGAGCAAGAUCGCAUCCUGUGGGUCCAAGCCAUGUAUCGGGCCACUGGGCAGUCACACAAGCCUGUGCCCCCAACCCAAGUUCAGAAACUCAACGCCAAGGGAGGGAAUGUGCCUCAGCUGGAUGCCCCCAUCUCCCAAUUUUCUGGACUGAAGGACGCAGAUAGAGCUCAAAAGCAUGGCAUGGAUGAAUUUAUCUCGUCCAACCCCUGUAACUUUGACCACGCUUCCCUCUUUGAGAUGGUGCAACGCCUUACUCUGGAUCACAGGCUUAAUGAUUCCUAUUCUUGCCUGGGUUGGUUCAGUCCUGGCCAGGUGUUUGUACUAGAUGAGUAUUGUGCCCGAAAUGGAGUCCGGGGGUGUCACCGACAUCUGUGCUACCUCAGAGACUUGCUUGAACGGGCAGAAAAUGGCGCCAUGAUCGACCCCACCCUUCUUCACUACAGCUUUGCCUUCUGUGCAUCCCACGUCCACGGCAACAGGCCUGAUGGAAUUGGAACUGUAACUGUUGAAGAAAAGGAACGUUUUGAAGAAAUCAAAGAGAGACUCCGAGUUCUGUUGGAAAAUCAGAUUACACAUUUUAGGUAUUGCUUUCCAUUUGGUCGACCUGAAGGUGCUUUGAAAGCUACCCUUUCACUCCUGGAAAGGGUUUUGAUGAAAGAUAUUGUUACCCCAGUGCCACAAGAGGAGGUAAAAACAGUCAUCCGUAAAUGUCUAGAGCAGGCUGCUUUAGUCAACUACUCUCGGCUAUCAGAGUAUGCCAAAAUUGAAGAGAAUCAAAAGGAUGCAGAAAAUGUAGGCCGGUUAAUCACUCCUGCCAAAAAGCUCGAAGACACAAUACGUCUUGCUGAACUAGUCAUUGAAGUUCUUCAGCAGAAUGAGGAGCACCACGCAGAGGGGAAAGAGCCACAUGUUGAUAAAGGAGAAGCCUUUGCGUGGUGGUCAGACUUGAUGGUGGAGCAUGCCGAGACGUUUUUGUCACUCUUUGCAGUGGACAUGGAUGCAGCAUUAGAGGUGCAGCCCCCCGACACGUGGGACAGUUUUCCACUGUUUCAGCUGCUGAAUGAUUUUCUGCGCACCGAUUAUAAUUUGUGCAAUGGAAAAUUUCACAAACAUCUGCAAGACCUGUUUGCCCCACUUGUGGUUAGAUAUGUGGAUUUGAUGGAGUCCUCAAUUGCACAAUCCAUUCACAGGGGCUUUGAGCGGGAGUCAUGGGAACCAGUCAAGAGUUUAACCAGUAACCUACCCAAUGUGAACCUACCCAAUGUGAACCUUCCCAAAGUACCAAACCUACCAGUUAACAUCCCUCUAGGCAUCCCACAAAUGCCUACUUUUUCGGCACCGUCAUGGAUGGCUGCUAUAUAUGAUGCUGAUAAUGGAUCAGGAACCUCCGAAGAUUUGUUCUGGAAGCUCGAUGCCCUUCAGACCUUCAUUCGGGACUUACACUGGCCCGAGGAGGAGUUUGGGAAGCACCUGGAACAACGUCUAAAGCUGAUGGCAAGUGACAUGAUUGAAUCUUGUGUCAAAAGAACCAGGAUUGCAUUUGAAGUUAAGCUGCAAAAAACCAGUCGAUCAACAGAUUUUCGAGUCCCACAGUCAAUAUGCACCAUGUUUAAUGUUAUGGUUGAUGCCAAAGCUCAAUCAACAAAACUUUGCAGCAUGGAAAUGGGCCAAGAGCAUCAAUACCAUUCAAAAAUAGACGAACUAAUUGAAGAAACUGUUAAAGAAAUGAUAACACUCUUGGUAGCAAAGUUUGUUACUAUCUUGGAAGGAGUACUGGCAAAAUUAUCCAGAUAUGAUGAAGGGACUUUGUUUUCUUCAUUUUUGUCAUUUACCGUGAAGGCAGCUUCCAAAUAUGUGGAUGUACCCAAACCUGGGAUGGAUGUGGCCGAUGCCUAUGUGACUUUCGUCCGCCACUCUCAGGAUGUCCUUCGUGAUAAGGUCAAUGAGGAGAUGUAUAUAGAAAGGUUAUUUGAUCAAUGGUACAACAGCUCCAUGAACGUGAUCUGCACUUGGUUGACGGACCGGAUGGUACAGCUUCACAUUUAUCAGUUGAAAACACUAAUUAGGAUGGUAAAGAAAACCUACAGGGACUUCCGAUUGCAAGGUCUGGACUCGACCUUAAACAGCAAGACAUAUGAAACCAUCCGGAACCGGCUCACUGUGGAGGAAGCCACAGCAUCCGUGAGUGAGGGUGGAGGUCUUCAGGGCAUCAGCAUGAAGGACAGCGAUGAGGAAGACGAAGAGGAUGAUUAGAAUGCUUGGGCCGGCGUCCUGUGGGACGGAUCCCGUAAUCAAUGCAUGUCCUUAGUCCGUUAGUUAACCCCAUUAGGGAAUUUCCUGUCAACUAUCAUGCCCAUGAGAUGUUUACCCACACAAUUGCCAUUUUAGCUAUGUGGUAUCAAGAUUAGCAAAUGACCUACCAAUCCACCAUUUCCCAAUCCUUGUCUAUAUGUUUACAGCAAUACAGAGCACCAUUCUUUAAAUACUGAUUGUGAGAAUCAUAGUCCAACCGCUAGGCGUAUCCCUUUUACCAGCAAAGUUAAAUGAUGCUUCAUUAACGUGCUGUGUAUGCAUUGACAGUAAAUGGAUGUGAGGGCAAGUACACCAAGUACUUUUACCUCUUUGUUUUCGUGUAUAUGGAUGCCAGUUAUUUAAAUGAGUACAAUAAAUUAAUUUAAUUAAGACACAUAGGUCUGCUUUGGUUUUUGAGAAACAAAAGGCAAGCCUCCAACAACCAACUUUUGGUUCUCUCUGUUCCCCUAAAACUAAAAAAUGAACCCCUGGUGUCCUGUUAAACCAUCCUUUUAUUUAUCCUUAUAGUUAACCAAAACAGGAUGACUACAUACCAAUGGAUCGAUCCUUUUAAUUGCCAUGGCAAGGAUGAUCCUAUCAUGACUCUAGAUAUCAAGCACAGUUCAGAGCAACUGUCUUCUGUCCGAGUUUAUCCUAGUACAUGUUACAUUUUGCUUUUAUGUUUCAAUAACAGUGUAUGUAAAAAAACUGAAUAUUUAAAUUACAACCCUAGACUAUAAAUGUGUUUAUAAUAAGAUAUGGAUAUUUCCUUCAGUAGACUGUAACCAUAAUUUAAAUUAUUUGUUCCACACUGAUUUUUAUAUCUGUCAUGUACAUUGCACUUGGAUCUGUAACUGCACGACGCUGGGGUCCUCUGCAGAGCUAUUUCUUUCUGUGUAAAGUAGUGGAUCCAUCUUGCUUUUGCCUUAUAUAAAGCCUACAGUUAUGAAAGUGUGGAAAACUGUGGCUUCUCAAUAAAUAACUAUUCAAAUGUCCAAAGAA